GGGGGUACCGCACUGUCGUUACGAGUCCAAGUGGAGAAGGCAGGAGGAGAGACGCAUUAUUGCAGUAGCCUACAGUGCCACAGCACUUUACUUCCCACAAGACGCACAUCCGUCCGCGCAGACAGAAAGCCCGAGAGAGGUGGGGGGCGACAGAAAUCAAAGACAGACAACAGAUUUCUCAUGACUGGACUUUUUUUUCCUCCCUCCCCGUUAAUUUAGAAAUUGCACGCAUUUGCCAGUAGCUUAUAGAAGAGGCAACUCAACAACCAGCCAAUCAGCGCUGCGUCUCCGCAUCCAGGAGCAGCUCUGCCAGGACUCAGCAUCACUCGGAGGAGCUGCGUGCAGCCCUGCAGGAAUAUAAACACCCGAGGAUUUCUCCUCAAUGGAUUAUCAUUUGCAAGUACUUUUCUCUUGAGCUCGCGUCGUCCUCCUUCACUUCCUGCCACACGGUGAAUUAUCGCCCGGCCCGUUUACGUGUCUCGGUAUAUUGCGGUACUUUUGCUGACGACUUGCAGUAUAAAUGCAUCGCUAGAAGAAGAUCGGCUCCACUGCGCAAAGACCCUCCGCCUGUGUUUACUGUGCGCGCGGCACUUUCAUCACUUUGCUAAUUGAAAAUUUGGACUUUGGUUUGGACCAGUGCCUAUAAAUUCUCCUCUUGUGUUUUUUUUCCUGUGAUCUUGCUGCUUUUUUUUCUUCUUCUUCUCGUGUUGUACUUCAGACCCUCCCUCUCCACCUCACAGCCCGUCACCCCUCCUCCUCCGCUGCCCGUGAGUCAGUUUAAACAGCUGCAUAGAAGAUGUCUGCCCCAGAUGCUGCUGCUGCCCCCCCAGGUGGAGCCCCCGGUGCUCCAGGAGCCCCUGGUGCAGAUGGAGCUCCAGGCGGCGGACCUCCCGCCCCACCCAACACCACCAGCAACCGCAGGCUACAGCAGACACAGGCCCAAGUCGAGGAGGUGGUGGAUAUCAUGCGGGUGAAUGUGGACAAGGUUUUGGAAAGGGACCAGAAGCUUUCAGAGCUGGAUGACAGAGCGGACGCUCUCCAAGCCGGAGCCUCCCAGUUUGAAAGCUGCGCAGCUAAGCUAAAGAACAAGUACUGGUGGAAGAACUGCAAGAUGAUGAUCAUGAUGGGAAUCAUUGGAGUCAUUGUGGUUGGAAUAAUAUUCUUGUACUUCUUCCACUGAGCUCAGCCCAUCAGUACAGAUGGAUACGGACUUGAGAAUGAUAUGAGAGGGAAGAGAAAAAAAAAAAGAUACCCAAGCGCCACUCCUCCCCUUUUAUCCGUCCUCUCCUUCCUCUCUUCACACAGUCUUCCAUCAAUCAAACCAUCUUGCACUUAUACAUGACAGUAGUGUUUAUAGGUGUCUCCGCUCUCCCUCCCUUCUUGUUGCUUUCUUCCACUGUUUAAAGUCUCACUCACCUCCUCCUGUCUCUGCACCUCAUGUAUUAUUGAAGGACGCAGCAGGCGGAGUGAAAGAGGGAGAAAGGAAGGGAAGGAGGGAGGGAGAAUAUUCUUGUGACAUGGGAACACACGGGGCUUAGGCCUCUGAACGAAGCAAUGAGGGGAGAGAUGUACAAUAUGCAGGAUGUGAAUGUGUGCAGGGAGAUUGAACAAGAGUUUGCAGUCCUUUCUACCCCAGAUAUGCCAAAGCUUGUUCAUAUUACCUUUUUUGAGAGUCCUACAUUUGUAAGUUGAUACUGACAUGCCUAACUAACACACUCCUCUCACAACUGCUACCGUCAUUGCUACUUACUAACACAAGGUCACAAGGUUAGAUUAAUAUUAGAAACAUUUCUGUUGUACGUGUGUGUAUUUGUGAACCAAAGCAUUGUAGCCAGUAGCUUUUUUCCGAGUUUAGCUGACAGGCUUUUAUGAGUAACUUUUUCGUUUCCUUUCCCGCCCUAACUUUCUGCAACGUUCAGAACCGACAAUGAGAGGAAGAAAUUUAAACAGGGGAAGAGACUGUGUGAGAGCAUAAGGAAAGGAAGAAGUGAUUCAGGGAAAAGUAGCUCGCAUUGUUUCCCUAUAUAAACCACACUAACUUCAAAUUCUGGACUGAUAAGCAAUUAUUAAUAGAAUAUAACUAUGCUUCAUUUUACCUGGUUUUUGUACCACAGGUGGAGUCAUAGUGGUAGUGUUGUGCUUAGUGGCAGAGUAAUAUGCACAGCAAGGCAAGCAGCCACUAACAGACAAUCUACUGUACACAUGAACUGACCCAGAGGAAGGUCUCAUAACUCUGACAUGGACAGAGUCACAGCCAUAGACAGAUGAAUGUGUAACGUCACAUUUAAAAACAGUAAAUAAAAAAAAACAGGUACAAAUGCCAACUUGUUUUGGAAGUUGUGCAGACAAAGCGUUUGUUUGACUGUUGUUUAAGUUGAUCUGACAUUUAAAAAGCAGGAAAAUGGGAGAAAGGACAUGAUUUAGAAACCCAGAGCCACCUGCCCCCACCCCUCCAACCCUCCCCUCACUCACAUAAACAGACUCACCUGCAGUAAAUGCAAAAUGAGGUGUUUCUUUCUAACUUGCAUGGCAAACCGUGUCCAUAGUUUUGCCUUUUUGUGUGAUCUGUGUAUCUGCCAUUUCUGAAUCUAACUGCCGAUUGUACAUUUUCUUUUGUUAGUGGUUUAAAGGACCUGUGUAUAAUGUCUUUAUGAUCUGAUAAUUACUGCUUAUGCAAUGCAGCGAUGCUCAAAAGUUUGCCAAAUUUUAUUAAUUUCACUUGCUUUUGAGAUAAAAAAAAUACUACUAUUCAGAGACUGCAAACAAAUGCUACUAUAGUGACCUGUUUAAAAAUAUGUAGUAUUGUAUGGAUAGAACAAUAGUGCACAUGUGUCAGAUAAUGCUCCUAAAAAUGUGUUUAUAAAUUCUUUAAGGUUUUUUGGGGGGGUUGUUGGAUAUAAAGAAAAUCUAAUUUUCCUCUCUUGGGACAGAUUUUGAGAGUUGAUAAAAUUAAGAUGCAUAAUUGUAGCAGUUAGUUAUAAUUACCUGAUGAUAUUGUGCGACAGUAUUAUGAGGUAAUUACCACAAGAGAUAUGAGUACAUGUUUUGUGAUUUACAACCUGAAAAUGCAGUAAGAUGAUGCAACUGGAUUUGCGAAAAACAAAUGCAUGCUUACCACUUUUGCUGAUGCCAAUAAAGAAAUCAUCAACAAAACUGAGUGCUGAUCUUUGUUUUAUUCUCCCGACAUAUUGAGACAAUUUGGACCUUGUUAGAAGAUGUUUUUCUGCAAUCUAAUCCGCUUCAAGUGAUGCCAGCUUUCUUAUCAAUGCAGAUUGUUUGUCCACAACAGAGCUUCAUUCAAUUUCCAGAUGUAUUACAAGAUAUGCACUGAUAUUGAUCAUGUUAAAUACCUCAAACAAUGUUGCAGAGUUACAAAAUCCUUCAUUGGGAAAAAUUACAAGGAGUAACAAUAUCAAUAAAACACACAAAACAAGCAGCAAAUAGCCAUAAAAACAAACUACAAGCUAUAUUAAAAAAAACAGUAGCAAAUGAAAACAGUGCAACUACAACCCCUUAACAUCCAGAUUUCCUUCCUUCUCCUCUAAUCAUCCUCUUCCAUGUUCUGUGAUAGUUUGUUGCAAUUAUGUUUACAAUGAGGCGAAUAUAAAAACCAGAGACUCAGUUUUUGUAUGUCUGCACCACUCCAUCAAAUGGAAAUAUUCUAGUCGUGUGCUUAAUAUGAUUAGCAAUUUUACAAAAAUGUUAUACACACAUUCAGCCUGAUGCAUUUGGCAUCUUUGGAAACUUUGGGAUCGCUCUACGAUGUUUGUUAUUCAUGAAACACUUUACAAUGACUUUUACUUAUGACACACUAUACUAUGACUUUUAUUAAUGACACACUAUACUAUAUAAGCAUGUUGAAAAAUAGUCAUGUCAUAGAAUGUCGUGGCAAAAAAUACCCUCAUAAUAUUGUUCAAUAUAAUACAGUUGAGUGCACAUGGCUUUUCUUUGUUCUGAUGAACUAAGGAGACAACAACAGCCAUUUUAGGACGCUUAAAUGAUGUCUAGUUUAUGGCUGUACAGAUGAACAAAUCAUUUGAGUGCAGUGAAACCCAACAUAGUUCGUUUAAAAACGGUCACAGUACAGUAUGUUGGAAAAAACUCAUAAAAUAGUUUGCCACAAAAACAUUAAAUCAUAGUAUUGUUUGUGGAAAAAGAAGUCUAUUAUAUCUCAUAGUAUGUCAAAAAGAAGUCAAAGUAUAGUAUGUCGGAGAAAAACAGUAUUGUACAUUGAAAAAAAGACAGUAUGUUGAAAAAAAAUGAAGAGAAAGGAACAGUAUAUUAUGUCGACAGAAAAAGUCAUAGUGUAGUAUGUUGAACAAAAAGUCGUAGCAUUGGGUGUUUAAAAAAUGUGGCAGUAUAUUAUAAUAAUAGGCAAAAAAAUAGGCAAUGUAGUAUGUCGUAAAAUAUCUAUCCAUCUCUAUAUCUAUCUUAGAUACACACAUACACAGCUGGACAUGCGUAGUAGUAGGAUAACUCAGUGGUUAAGGCUACUGACUCCUACUGAUCCUACGUCUAGAAUUUUCUACAGCAACAUUAACAUUCACCUGCCCUGGAUAAGGAUCAAACCUUCAACCUUAGGAUCUCCAAGCAGUUCUUUAACAGCCUGAGCUAUUCCACCUCAAACUACCGCUCUGUUUUUACGGAGCCUUUCACUCUCUGCUCUGGACAGCGGCCUUUAAAAUUCACCUGCCCUGGAUAAGGAUCAAACCUUCAACAUUAGGAUCUCCAAGCAGCUCUUUAACAGCCUGAGCAAUUCCACCUCACACUCCCACUGUGUUUCAUGGAGCCUUUCACUCUCUCCUCUGGACAGCAGAUUUUAAAAUUCACUGAGCCUCGACAAGCAUCGAAUUCAGAAUCUCAGGACUUCCAAUCAGUCCGAGCUGGAGAUGCUUGAAUGCACCUCCUUGAAGAUUUUCCCUUGCUCCUUUAGACAAUGCAUUAAAAAAAAAAAAAAAAAUUAAGUCCCUGUAUAACUAAUUAAAAAAAAACAUAGUGCCACUGAUUUAGUAUUUACAAUAAAAGAAUUUGUGCAGACAGGUAAACUGGAAAAGUACCUUAAAGUACCUACUGCCUACACAUGCACAAUUCAAUCGACCCUCUUAAGUAAACUAGAAUUAUCGUCUCACAGUUGUGAGCCUCUGCCAAUUAAUCAGGCUAAUGCUUAUAUCCAUGUCAGUCCAGACUCAUAUAUGUAGCAGAGACAUUAAAGGAAUUCAGGAGAAGGUAUUAAGAGUAUUUUUGGGCAAAACGUGGAUGCUUUACACACAACUCCAACCUGACAGCACAGAGGAUCUAUACAAUCAGCACAGUUUCAAGGUGGACAUGAAAGACUAGUGUCACUAGUCUAGUAUCUGACCAAAUGUCUCCCCAUCUGUUUCUGAGUUACAGUGUUGAGUGAUGGCAAGAAAAGUGUUUCUGCAGAAAGUUAUGAUUUCACAGUGAAGUUGAACUUUUGGAUAUAAAAUGUCAUCACUUCAUCCCAUUAGACAUUUGUGUGGAAUUUUGUCACACUUAGCACAUAAAUUCAUGAGUUAUGGCGUUG